UGAACCUGUCUAGCAGCAGCGAUUCAUCCCCGGGUCACUGGGCGAGUUUGCGGAGCGCAAGCCUCACCGAGAACCUUCAUGUAGUGGAGUGAAGCUGAGGCAGCAGGAGGUGUGGGAGCCUGCGGCGCAGGAAGAGGAGCGUGAGGAGGAGGUCAGCGGGGCUCAGUUCCUCUGUGAGACGGUCAUCCUCUCCCUCACCUUGGAGGAGGCCCCCGAACACAGGCCGCUGCGCAGAGCCCCCCCACAGCAGCCCCAGCCGCAGGCUGUGUCCCGGAGUUUAAGCGUCUGCUUUGAGAGAGCCAUCGAGGCUGUGAGGGCGCACAAGGAGCUGGAAGAAAAGGAGGAGAGCAGAGCCGUUAGAGAGGAGAGUUCAGCUCCACCCGAGGAGGAAACAGAGCAAAUUGUUUUGCUGGGACCAGACGAUGACAAUCUGCUUGUCAGCUCACACCUCAACCCUAAAGACAAAGAGGUUGUUGGGGAUAAUAACCAUGAAGAGAAAGAGGAAGGUGGAGCCAGAGAAGACUGGGAUGAGGGGGGAGGACUCCGCAGGGGAAAUAAAGCCUGUGGCCCUGGCGGCUGCUGACACUCCUUCCCAUACUCAUCUCAUACAGCAUGACAUUGCAGAAGAAGCAAGCAAGUACGUUAGAGAACAAGAUUGCCGAACCCUCCUGUUCCAGCUGGGCGUCCCCAUGUGUGUUGCUGCACGUCUGUCUCUCAGGAAGUCAGGAUUGUUCCUUCAACCUCCAUCAAGCAGCUGGAGAGUCGUCCGGUCUUCUCCGCCUGCUGCUGGCUGCGUUGCUCUCCCAGUUUCCUGAAGAGACACCUCUGCUCCUUCAAAGAAGAAAUGUUUCAUUAAUCCCAAAGUCAGAAGAUGCGAAGAAACGUGUACAUCAGCAAUCUCGGUUGUUAGAUGUGCUUGAAGCCAGAAUACAGCAGCUCCAAUCUGACGUCAUUCUAGAUGUCCAACAUGCAAGGAUGCAGUUUGUUAAAGUUUCCUCUUAUGGAAGAGGAGUUUCAUCUGGUAGAGCUCAGAGAAGCUCACUUCAGGAGAAAACUGACAUUCCCAUAUCUGGACAGACUGUUCCCAAAGGAGCCUCCAAGUUUCAGCCAAGCCGCUGGAUGGAAAAAUUAACUCAGGAGAAGAAAAAUAAACAGCAGCUCCUCCAGCAAAAAAUGCGGAUAAGUGCCAAAGAGAAACCCUCAGCUAAGUCUAAAGGUGGCAAAGGCAGCUUAAUGGCGACUGGUACAACAUAUAAAUCUGUAUCAGUUACUAAAGCUGCUAAAAAGAGCAAAGGUGCCAUGAAAUUGUCAGAGAGAAUUCGUGCUGCAGUUUCCGAAACAUCUACAGCCGCUGUGUCAUCUGCAGGAAAAGCAGCUGUGUCACAAAAGGCAUCUAAACAGAAGCAACCUACCGACCUAGCUGAAGCCCAGGAGCUUCAGAGGAGCCUCGAUCAGCGAUUAGACCAAUGCACUUCUUCAGGUACCCCAGAAGGCCUGCAGGAGGACAGUGAAGGAAGUGCCUGUAGGGACAUGCAGCUUAGCAUCCGCUCUUACCUGGAGGCUUGCAUAUUUGUGGGGGACACUGAUCGGGCACAGCGUUUCCUGCUCAGUCAACACAGAGUUAGGAGUCGGCGUAAACUUCUCACCGCAGAGGUUUACAACAUCAUGAUGAGAGUGUGGGCCAAGAAGGGCAGUUUAAACCAGAUCGGCCGCAUCUUUAUUCUGUUAGAGGAAGCUGGUCUGAAACCAAAUCUGGGAUCUUACAGUGCUGCUCUCGAGUGCAUGGGCCGCAAUCCGAACUGCCUCCCAAAAGUUAUUUCAAGGUGUCUGAAGCAGAUGGAGGACGACGACCUGUCUGCAGACGACGUGUUUAGUUCGUGUGUGUUCCAUCAAGACGAGAGGGACAUGGUGCUGAAGGCCGUACGCGUGGUGAAGCCUGAGUACCAGCCCAUCCUCAACGUGGACACAAACCAGUGUUCUUUACCGCUGGUCCAGGACUACUACUCAAAGCGGGAAGAGCACACCUACCCCAAACUUGACUUUACCCAGGAGGAGCUUCAGGAGCGUUUUAAACGUCAGCUCAGCGUGGAGCAGGCUUGCACUGUGACCAUCGACUCUGUGGAGGCCGCCAAGCCCGUCACAGAAAACAUGAUCAAAAUGAGGAAGCUACUGGCAGAGCAGCGGGCACAAUGGAAGAAGAUCCUCCUCCCGGCCCUGAGGGAGAGCAAGAUGAUCCUGGCCACCACUAGCAAGAGGGACUACAGGCUUAACCUUUAUCCCUAUCUCUGUCUGCUGGAGGAUGGGGAGUACGUUGACAUUAUGAUACAGAGUGUUGCCAGCAUGCCUCCAAGUGGAGAGGCCCUGAAGUUUUUAGCGAGAGACCUGGGGAACAGAGUCUUCACCAAGUACUCGGUGCGACAGAAGUACCAGAAUGAAACGGUGAAAAAGAUUGAAAGCGUUUAUAAUGCUUACACAGACCUGCUGGCCAAAAACAAUAAGGUGUAUAAAAGCCUUCCCAGAGAGCAGUGGCAUAAACUGGAGACUGAGCAGAGUUCGGGACCCACGCUACAAGGAAGCAAGACAAGCUGGCCAUACACCGUGACUCUGGACCUGGGCAUUUUCAUGGUGGAUCUUAUGGUGAAGAACCUCAAAAUUAACAGCGACAUCCUGAACCCGGCCAACGACAGGAAGCUCAUCCCCAUCCUCUACCACAUGUACACCUUUCGCAGCACCCGCCAGGUCGGCUUCAUCAAGCCCCACCCCAUCCUGACUCAGAUGCAGCAGGAAGCCACGGAGACCACGCUGACCUUCGACUCCUUCGUGAUGCCGAUGCUGUGCCCGCCGGUGCCCUGGACCUCCGUCAAGUUUGGAGCUUACCUGCUAACACCGACCAAACUGAUGCGAGCGGUGGACGGGGCCACCCAGCACGAGCAGCUGCUGGAGAAAUGCCAGCAUCUUCAGCCAGUCUUUGACUCUCUCAACCAGUUAGGCAACUGUGCUUGGAGGAUUAAUAAGCCAGUCUUGGAUAUUAUUAUCUCAAUAUUUAAUGAUCGGGGCAGUGAUAAGCUGGACAUCCCUCCACCUAUGUCAGAAGCCCCCAAAAUACCGCACUUCAAUGCCCACGACCCCGCUUACACAGCGAGCGAGAAGGCCCACAUCAGAAGAGAGGUGAUCAAUGCCAAAAAGAAGUCCAGUGAGAUGCACAGCUUACGUAUGGACGCACUCUAUAAGAUCUCCAUCGCUCAUCACAUGCGGGAUGAGAUCUUCUGGUUCCCCCACAGCAUGGACUUCAGGGGACGAACCUACCCGUGUCCCCCAUACUUUAAUCACCUAGGAAGUGAUGUCACAAGGGCAAUGCUUGUGUUUGCGGAGGGGAAGCCCCUCGGCCCCAAGGGCCUGGACUGGCUCAAAAUCCAUUUAGUCAAUCUGACGGGGUUAAAGAAGAGGAGCUCGCUACAGGGACGGCUGGAGUACGCCGACACCAUUAUGGAGGACAUACUGGACUCUGCAGACAACCCUUUCAAUGGUAAGAAGUGGUGGACGGAUGCAGACGAGCCGUGGCAGACGCUGGCCUGCUGCAUGGAGAUAGCCAGAGCAACGAGGUCACCCGAUCCAGCACAAUUCAUCUCUCAAUUUCCUGUUCACCAGGACGGCUCCUGUAAUGGUCUCCAGCACUAUGCUGCUCUAGGCAGAGAUGUUAUCGGCGCCACGUCAGUCAACCUGAUGCCCUGCGACAUGCCCCAGGAUGUGUACAGUGGAGUUGCACAGCAGGUGGAGGAGUUGCGGGCUCGGGAUGCAGGGAAGGACCUGAAGAUCGCCCAGGCGCUGGCCGGCUUCAUCAGCAGGAAGGUGGUCAAACAGACGGUGAUGACCGUCGUGUACGGGGUCACGCGCUACGGAGGACGCCUGCAGAUAGAAAAAAGGCUGAAGGAGAUUGAUGAGUUUCCCAAGGAGCAUGUUUGGGAAGCAUCCCAUUACCUGGUACGUCUGGUGUUCAGUGGCUUAAAGGAGAUGUUUACGGGGACCAGAGAGAUUCAGGAUUGGCUGACAGAGAGCGCCAGGCUCAUCUCCAAGUCCGGACACUCUGUGGAGUGGGUAACACCCCUAGGUUUACCUAUCGUGCAGCCCUACCACCGCGCACGCAGCCAACUGCUGAAGAACAGCAUACAGCACUUAAACCUCCAGAUCAACCACGACACCAAAGAGAGACCAGACACAGUUAAACAGAAGAACGCAUUCCCGCCAAACUUCAUUCAUUCUCUGGACUCCACGCACAUGAUGCUGACUGCUCUCCACUGCUACAGUGCUGGCUUGACGUUUGUCUCCGUUCAUGACUGUUUCUGGACCCACGCCCUCACUGUGGACACCAUGAACAAGGUCUGCCGGGAACAGUUCGUCGCCCUGCACAGCCAGCCCCUCCUGAAGGAACUUUCCGAUUCCUUGCUGCAGAAAUAUUGCACCACUCUGCCGACUGAAGCCAAGAGCAAGAAGUAUCAGGAGUACAGGAGGCUGGCGGCGCUGCUGGCCAAAGUGCCUCAGACAGGUGAUUUUGAUCUCCAGCAGGUGAAAGAAUCCACAUACUUCUUCAGCUGAGAGGCUGAGAGUGGGAGCCAGCAGAUGGAGAUGAGUGGAAUUGACAGAGUGCAGCAGGGAGGCUGCGGGCCCCACAGUCCUCGCCGGCCUCCGUCUCCCACAGACACCAGGACAUUGAUCUGGCCGUGCCCUCCGGUCCGUGGACUGUCUGGAGCUGCUGGAGGCGUUCACACACAGUGAACCUGCCUUAUUAACUUAUUUGUUCUGUAAACUGAUGGCGUGGGUGGGAGACUCAUGCAGUCGAAGAAUGAGAGGUAAAGGACUGCACUGGGAUGUUGAGAUUUCAGUUACUGGAGAAAGUACCUCUUAUAACAGAUUAACUAUUUUCAGGUACAUGUAUAUAUGUGUCUGUCUGUGAGUGUGAGUGUGUGCGUGCGUGUGUGUGCAUGUGUAGUCCGUCCAUUGCUCAGAAACACUUCUGCUGCUCAGUCAGACUGUAAAUAAACUUUUUCUUAUAAACUGUAACUGCAACUGAUUAAUGGUGCAAGUGUGAUUGUGUGUGUGAUUGUGUGUGUGUGUGUGUUUUCAUGCUGUAAAGAGCUUUGAGGAGUAUGGGUGUGACACCUAACCAUCAACCCCAGGAUGACCUCUGAAACAGUGCCAAGGGUCUCUGUGAGACUGCUCUUGAUUUUUACCUUCUUGAAGUAACUAAGCAUUUGUUUGGAA